AUGGAGGAAGAUCCGGAGAACGCAGAAGACCUCUUCGGAUCUGCCUACUUCGACGAGGUGGCCGAAGCAUCCUCCCCUGUGGAGGACCAGGAGCUGGCUCCCGAACUCCGCCCAUCGAAGCGGCUAAGAUGCGAAGCACCGGAGCUCGAAGGCGACGGGCUCGAAGAGGAGGAAGUGGAGAUGGCUUGGAGCCGGUCGACAACGUCUGAUGCGGCAGGCCGCCUAGCGUGCACUCCGCCGCAGAGUCUGAGUGCGAUGUCGCAUGUGGAGGAGGUGCUGCAGAUGGAAGAGGAUGAAGAUGCAGGGGAGCAAGAAGCAGAGGACAAAGAAGAGGAGGAAGAUCCAAAAGAGAAGCCUCAGGGCGGUGAUCAGCAGGAAAAAGGAAUAUUCAACUCUUCAAGCAGUUCAUCAAUCCCGGGGGCCGACGGCAAUGCACUCGGAAGCCAAGCACCUCUGCAAGAGGGCAGUGGCAGCGCCUCCUCCGGGCUGGGCCGUGCUGACGAAGUUCCUGCACCUGUGAACCCAUCGUCAAGGAAGGUGGACAUCGUGCAAGAUGUGCCGGAAAUCGAAAGCUCGUGGCCAACGAAGGCAAAGGUGGCGCAGGAAACAGCUGAGACAGAAGGAUUCUCCUCGACUUUGCAGCGGCCGGCACGAGGGCAAGCCUCGUCGAGCCAAGCGACGCUGCAAGUGGAGGAGGUCCGGACCGGAUCAGACGCUGCAUCCGGGUCGUCAGCUUCUGGCCCCAGAGUUCCAAGUGAACCCAAAGACGCAGCCGCCGCGUUGCCCACGGCUACCAGCAGUGCGAAAGCCUCGCCACGGCUCAUCGACCCCGAAACCGAGGCCGCAGCCAAAACUGCUGCAGCGGCUGCGGCUUCGAAGAUGGCGCCAAAGCCGGGCAGCAUAUCGGCCAAUGCAGAUUCUGCCAUUGAUGGAGUGUGGUGCACGACACACUUUCAAUACCGCUGGCGCUGCCGACAGGAUGGUGUCAGUGAUGCCUGUGAGGCAGGCUGGACAGUGAAGUCGUUUUCAUGA